AACAACGUUAUAAAGUAAGCUCAAUUAAAAAGCAACCAUAACAACAACAGAAAAAUCCACCACUUUGGAUUCGACCCUUUAGUUUCAUGUAGAAAACAUUGCCAUCAUAUGGAAAACUACCUCCGAAAGCUACUGCACACACACUAAACGGAUACAUGAACAAUUUAUAACCCUUUAUCUUUGUGCAGCGCCAGGAACUUUUUUGUGGAUAUAUUUGUGGACCGUUUCGAAUUUGUGAUUUCAGUUCUUUCAACAAAAGUGAAUUUAGUGUUUUGUAUUUGCAUCCAGAUUGUUUGUCUGAAUCCAUGAUUGAAGAAGGAUUUAGAAAAAAAAACGGAGAAAAGGUUCUGACAAAUCAUCAUUGAAACCAAGGAGCAAAGACAAUAAUACUCAUUUCUAGUUCGCAUUUAUAGUUUUACUAACAAUUUCGAAAAACAAACAAACAACAAAAAACAUUAAACGAAAAAUCACGUUUGAAUUUACGUAUGUUCUUUCACAGUUGUGCUGGCUGUAGCUUUUCUCUCUCGCAUUCUCGUUUGGAAUAAUUGUUGAUGUGAAUGAACGAUUUGAUCAAAGCGCAUCGAGAGUGUUUUCACGAUCGCUGAAACCAAAAUUUUGAUUCUUUGAUUGAAUAAAACGGAACGAAAAACCAAAACAGAAAAAAAAAACUCAGAAAACACUACCACUCAAAUUAGAAGCCAAAUCAGGCGACCAAGUACCAUCAUUCGGAGGACAUUAUGUAUGAGAAAUAUUUCAAAUGUAUAUUUCUUCUUACCAUAUGGAUUGGAUGCAAAGCAAACAUCGUUAACGAACUGGGUCAUGCAUCAGAUUUCAAGCCACCGCAAUUGCUGCCGCUCGUGAAACAGGCGUUUGAGCGUUCGGUCGAAGCUACAGUUGAGCGAAAUCAUAUGGAUGAACCGCAUUACCAUCAUCAGCACUAUUACAUUGAGAAACCAAUAUCAUCGGCAACAGUAGCAGCAGCGGCGAAGGCAACCGCCGGCAUCAUACAAAAGCCUAAAGACUAUACGUACAAACCGCGUGUAGGCGAGAUCUUAGUGAAAGAUUCCGUUUUGUAUAACGGUGAUGCGCCUGCAAAUAAUCAACAACAGCAUGAGCAGCUCACGAUGGCAGCCACACGUCGUAAUUAUUGGCCAUUGGUUGACAAUACGGUAACGAGCAUUACGAGUAAGGCAGCUGCUGGUGCGAAUGCAGUUAAAAAUUUGCUCAAAGUAGGAUUUUUCCAUACAUUUGACAAUGUUAAUGCAGCUGUUGAGCAUAAAAAGCAUAAAAUUGCCAGUUACCUCAUUCAAGCGGCGCAAGAGCAUAAGUUUGCGCUGCAACAGGCAAAAGAAGAAGAAAAACAUAAGCAACAAUUGAAAUUGGCCGCUGCAAAUUUUGCUGGAGCAACUGGUGAAAUUCCAAGUGGAUUGCCGGUAACUGGUGGCUUAGGUGUUGGCCUAGGUGCUGGCCUAGGUGCUGGCCUAGGUGCUAGCUUAGCUAAUGGUAUCGCUAGUGGAAUCGCAAAUGGUAUAGCUGCAGGUAAUCUUGGAAAUGCAAUCGGUGGCCUUGGAGGCAAUCUUAGAAAUCAAUUUCCAUUGACAAAUCAAAUACCGCAUCCUUUAUUACCCCUUGCAAAACCAUUACACCAGCUGAUACCCUUAAAACAGAAAUUAGCCCAAAAUGUGGUACAACAUUUGUCGAAGCAUUUGAAGAAACCAAUCAAAAAACCACUUGUCGCUCCGCCAUGGAUUGUCUACAGCAAAACCAAGACAUUGCCAACGACAACUGUGUCCGAAGGUUAUAUUCAUACAUUCGACAACAAAUAUAUGCCACCAAAUUUCGAUUUGCCGCGAGAGAGAAACCCAUACGCUGAUAUGGGUGUAACGUCGUACAAACAUUUCGAAGACACCAUUCUAAAAGAGUUGGAAGAGAAAGAGGAGCGAAAAGUUGAGGCCACCAUGCAUACCCUGAUCGACGAUACUUAUGUAGUGCAGGAUUCAUUGGAAGGUACAAAACCAGGUAUCAGCCAGGAAUGGCAACCAUUCAAUGCCCAUGAAAAUGGUUUGUUUACAUCGUCUUCGAAUAAACCAAUUACGAUCAGUAGUUUCACACAAAGUACCUUCGAUCGGCCGUUCAAUGAUGUUCGGCCGGUUUGUGAGCACACCGAUGAAAUCGCCGUUCAGCCAACACUGUUCGUAUUCCCGGCCAGCGCUGAAACUCAACUCAACGAACUACAGGCUGCAUCGAAUGAAAAUGCGGUAAAAGUCAAUUUGACCAAUUCACCAGGAAAUUCGACAUCGAACAAUACAACAACCGAGAAACCAAAUUAUCCGGCCUAUUUCAUAAAGCAACAACAGGAAUUACGAAAAUUGCAACAGAAAUUGGUCAGUGCUACACGAACGAAGAGUCAAUUUGGCAAUAAAACGACAACGCCAACGAUACGAAGCCGAGGACAGAGCCCAUAUGGCAGACGAACACAUACUACAACCACGAGUACGACUACUACGGCCAACCCAAUAACACCAUCAACCGAAAUGCCUGUCUACUACUUCUCGAUGAAUGGUACCGAUGACGGCUUUCGGCCCAUGUUGCCCAGCGAAAUUAAAGCGAUGAAAAUAAAAAAAACCAUUCGAAUUAAACCAAACGAUACGACUAUCGUGCAUACUACAGUUCGGCCAAAAACAUCGUCGUCGUGGAUCCAGGCACAAGCAAGUCAUGUACAACUUUCCGUUGUCGGUGCACCGGAUGCAACAAAACGUGGAGCCAAAUCGAUAGUGGCGAUUGGCUCGAGAAACGAUAACAAAAGCUCAUACAUACAUCGCAAAGCACCGAAAAAACUAACCAAAACAACGUAUAAUAAUGCUUCAAGUACAUCAGCAGCAGCAGCAGCAGCAGUAGCAGGUAAUAAUUCACAUAAAACAACAGUACCAAAAUCAAAUAAUAAAAAUACAUUCCGCGGUUUAAUAAAAUUCAGUGAUAGUCUGCACCAGUCACAAAAAUAGCUAUAAUAGGUAUAAAAAUAAAAAUUUGAAAGCAACUAAACGAACAUACAAACAAACUCACAAAAAUAGAAAGAGAGAGAGAGAGAAAGAGAAAAAUAUAUAUAUAUAUUUGCAAUUAGUUUCGUUUAAGUUCUUUGCACCGGCAUCAAAGCUAUCGGCUUGCGUGCAUUUCAAAAACAUUAACUCAAAAAUCACUCUCGUGAAAUGAAAUCAACCAUCUCACCUUUUUGUUUUGCGAUUCCGCUCAAAUAUUUCGUAGAAACCAAACCGAAUGAUAUAGAUUCAGUUUCAGUGAUUGUUUUCAUGUUUGUUGUUGUUGUUUUUUUCGUAGAAGUUUUUUUUUUGUUUCGAAGAAAAGUAUCUUUAAUUUAUGUGUUAAGAUUAAAUUUUUGUUUGUAAAAUUCCAUUUUUUUUUCUAUCACCGUCGACAACAACAAAAACAGAGACGAAUAAGAUCGGCGUUUUUAAGCUAUAAAAAAUAAAAGCUAAAACGAUAAUUUAUUUAUUUAAUGUUUAUUAAUGAGCGAAAAAAUGAUGAAAAGGCAAACGGCUAAAAGGUGUUGUACAUUUAUUCCGAUACAAUAAAAACAGA